AAUCGCAAUCGAGUGAAUCCUAUACACCUAUAUCGUAAACGCUUUGUACCCUCGCUCGGCUAUAGUCGACAUAGAAAUUGACCUUCGUGCACUUCGAGCCAGUGAAGUAAAAAAAAAAAAGUCAAUACCCUGGCAGUGCACGAUGAUUCUAUAGCACAGUUAGUGUACAUGUUGACGUACACUCCACUCUACACUUGGCCGCAUGUCCUAUUGACGUUUGAACGUAAAUAGCUUGAAAGUGCAUCUACUGCUUUUUGAAGUUAUUGCAGAGUGUCAGGAUUGAAAAAGAUUGCAUGGCUGUCAGAGAUAUAAAUAAUAGGGCUAUUAAAAAAAGCACAAACUUCAGAGUUAUUGAACGGUGUUUGAAGCCACGGUUUUGUUGACUGUAACAUAUAAGUACAAGUGUAGUAUUUAGUGUUUCUUUGAAACUUUGCAAGAAAGAAACAGAGUCAGAUGUGCACGUCAAUCAAAUUUUGACUAUAUCUGGCAUAAACCAAUGUUCUCAGGAUAGCCAGUGAUCCGUCCAUCUUUCAGCCAAGAUGUUCGCGCAAGUCCGACUGAUGAUAUCGGGCCGCUUUCAGAAGUUCUACGAGAAGCUGCUGCUCGACGACGAUCCUGGGCAUCGGGUGAGGUCGGCCCUGGAGUCCCUCGAGGACAUCCUGCCGCUGGACGAGGUGGCUUGCGACACCAAGAACGCCGCGCUCUCGGCGAGUCUGCGUCGCGAGGGCGACGAGCUCUUCCUCGCGGAGCGCGCGAGCCUCGUGGGUCUGCUGCAGGCCUGGGAGUACUACUGCAAGGCGGUGGCCUUGGCCCCCUGCACGGACCAAGACGCCUCGCUGCCGCUCGCCUACGCCAACCGAUCGGCCUGCCUGUUCCAUCUCAAAAGGUACGCCGAGUGCGCGGCGGACUGCGACAAGGCCCUCCGCGAGCUCAGCUAUCCGGACUCGAUGCGGCCGAAUCUGCUGAGGCGCAAGGCCAAGUGCCUGAAGAUCUUGGACCAGACAACGUCGGCUGCAGCUGCUGCAUCGUCGUUACCCGGCAUGACGGCCAAUCGCAAGAUACCCUGCGCCUCCGAGGCCGUGGAGAUACGCUACAACAAGCGGUACGGCCGUCACGUGGUGGCGAGUCGCGACAUCGAGAUCGGCGAGGUGCUGGCGCUCGAGCCGCCCUACGCCCUGCAGCUCGGCACCGCCUGCCUCUACACGCACUGCUCGCACUGUCUGGCACGGGCCUGGGCCAGCUGGCCCUGUCCAGGCUGCGCCUUCGCCGUCUACUGCUCCGCAGGCUGCCGCGACGAGGCCUGGCACGCCUAUCACGACGUCGAGUGUGCCGUGCGCGGCUACCUGCUGAAGCUCAACGUCAACGACAUCGCCCCGUUCAGCCUGAAGGUGGCGAUUCUGGCGAUAAGGCAGGCCGGAGGAUUUCGCCAGCUCAGAGAGCAGUUGCGGAGAAUCGAGGAAUCCGAAGAUCCGUUGAAGAAGAGUUUUACCGAUGGACUGUAUCGCAGUGACUUGUAUCGGACUUUUUACCAUCUCGAGAGCCACGAGGACAAAAUAUUAUUGAAGGAACUCAUUACGAUUUUGUUGAAUACGGCGUUAAUUUUGUACUACGUAUCGACGAAAACCUCGUUUAUAGAGGAUCUGACGAAUGAAAGCUCGCGAGAUUUGUGCUCCAGCGACGAUGCUUUAUUAAUGGGUAAACUUAUAGCGCACCAUUUUAUGGUUAUCCAAAUGAACGAUCAAGAGCUUUUUGAAAUAACUCUCAGAGGGCAAAACCACAGCCUCGGAGCGGCAGUUUUUCCUUUCUGCAGUCUUUUCAAUCACAGCUGUUUUCCAAACGCCACUAGAAUACCAAUUGUAGGCGACGAUAAAAAAAUGCAUCAGUUGAUGAUAGCUCAACAUCCCAUCAAAAAAGGCUCUCAAAUUUUCGAUGAUUAUGGAUUCGACUUUAUAGCCGGUACAGUAGCUCACAGAAAGAACCUGUGCAAGAAAUAUUUCUUUACCUGCGAAUGUGAACCAUGCUUAGACUACUGGCCCGAGUUCAAAUAUUUACCAACAAUAUUCACCAUGCCAACUUUUCAAUCUACGAGUAAAGAAAAAAGAUUGGAAUUGAAAAAAGCUUUGAAUAAUUUUGCAUCGUACGAAAAGAUAAUCAUUCAAGCUGAUAUAAAAAAAUUGACAGAAAAUAAGAAGCUCUUAACGACUCUAGCAAAAUCAUUGACAACCAUAUUCGAGAAUUCGCCGAAGAUAACGAAGGAGACUUUUCGCUCGGUGGUGUUGUACAAGCAAGCAUUUUUACUAAUUCAUGGUAAUAGAUUUAAUGUGUGAAAGUAGCAAAAUUCGAAUGUAUUUUAAAAAUACAUAUCGUAGGAAUUCUGGUACUUUUGUAAAAAGUAUUUUCUAUUGUGAUCGUUAAAUCGCUAUCGAAAAAUUCAUUUAAAAUAGAUAUAGAAAAUAUUAAUCUUAAAACUCAAUUAGUUUUUCAAUACAUUUGUUACAAUGAAAAAGGUGUAUAACUCAAAUCGUAUCAUGUAAAACUGCGCUUCGUCAGUAUUUUAUGUAAGUCGCGAUAAUUAUAAUUGUAAAUUGUCAUUAGAUGUAAUGAAAAACAUUUAUUUUCUUUAAUUUCGUUGGUGCUUGACCAAAUUGUAACUUGAUCCGAUUCACGUUUCAAGCAUAUAAAGUUGAAACGAUUGUUGUACGUUCGAUUGGCAGGACCAGUAGAGUCGAAUAAUACUCGAGAACCGAGCUUGCAUUUUAGGUUUAUACAAAUGAAUUCAACGCUUCGACUGAUUAAAAUUAAUACACUGUAAUGGAAAAAAUACUAAAUGUUAUGAAAUGUUGUUUAUUUUUAUAAGUAUCCUCGUCGAUACCACAGGUCGUCAUGCUUGUUCUAAACGGGUGACUUAAUAUUUAUGUGAUUCAUGAAGUAGGUAAUGCAUGGAUAAAAAUGAACUGCUACGACCACACGAAAGUAUAAUAAUAUCCGAUCGACGAUGAAUAAUUGAAUCUCAUUAUUUCACAGUAGAUAAAUCGCAUUACAAGCGCACUCGAGAAUGUCACGAUCAUGCGCGCGUGAUAAAUGUGUCCAAAGCGAAAUACUCUUGC